AUGCUCUUUCUUCCUGUUCCUAUGGCCAUCGUUGCCUCCGUCAUGCAGCUCAUCCCCAUCAGUCAGAACACGAAGGCCAUCGAUACUGCUUCUGCAAUACGUAAUGCCUGCAACACCACCCUCUCCUCCUCUUCACCGCAUCCCUUUUCAUCUGGGGCUUUCCUGUCAACCGCAGACAAGCUUAGCGCUCGGAAGGCGACCGGCUUGAACACCCUCUACGUCCAUCGAGAAGAGGAGUACGUCUGGCUCCCGGGCCUCAUCUGGGCCGUCAUCCUCUGCGUGUCUGGCGUGUUCGGGCCCGCGCAGCACCCUCGACGCGAGGAAGGCAGCAAGGAGCACGAUCGGACGCCCGAAGAGACCGAGCUUGCCGCCAGGGAGAGCACUGCGUUGAGCGGGUCCACCGGGACGCUCGUUCUCCUUCGCAUCUUCCCGAUGGCGGCCAUGCUCCGCUGGUUUGCGAGGCUAUGGGGCGCGCAUACGGCGGCUGCCUGCGCGCAGGCGGCAGAGCGCCUACAGCGCAUCCGCGAGAUGAGGAUUUGGCGUGGGCCGGAUGCCGAUGCGGACGUCGGCGGCGGCGUUGUUCGAGGAUAA